AUGUAUCCGUCAAGAAGAGUGAACGAUUCCGUGCACUGGUUCAUGGGCCAGCUGACAUCCAGGGUGGUCGCGGAGUCGGGGACACCCACCGACAUCCACCAUUUCGGGAAAAUCCUGCUGCAAAGCCUUAAGGAUGAUCCGGAUUUCGUUUUGCAGAUAGACGGUGCGACCGGCGCAUCAGAAACCAGUGGUUCAGUUCUCGAGAGGACAGUUCGCUGCGCCAUCGCCCUCAAGAACCUAGGUCUCCGGCGCGGUGACGUCAUCACCCUCAUGGCUCCGAACCACAUCGACCUGGCCAUACCGUUCUACGCGGCGCUCUACCUGGGAGUCAUUGUGUCACCUAUUGACAUGACCUUGGGUGUUAACGAACUCCAAAGCAACUUUGAAGUGUCCAGACCUAAAGUGGUGUUCUGCCAGAGUGACCGGGCCCAAUAUGUUCAGCAAGCGCUAAAAAAAAUCGAGUUGGAUGCAUUUAUAGUCACCUUCGAUAAAGGUGGCUCUUGCAGUUUCAUCAAAUUGUUGGAGAAAUAUGGAGGUCAAAGUUCUGUUGAAGAGUUCAAGCCAACGGACUUCGAUCCCGAAGAUACAAUCGCCAUCCUGAUCGCCACCAGCGGGACCACCGGAUUACCCAAAAGUGCUGCCGCCACACAUAAGAAUCUCGCUGUCACCGGACCGUACCUAUGGACUCGGUACACCAAGUUCCCAACUCCAACUAAGAUGGCACUGAUAGCAUCACCAUUGCAAUGGCUGACGGCGCAAGUGAUGAUUCUCAUGUCUCCUGUAUUGCGUUUCACCAGGCUGCAAUCGUCUCAAUCUUUAACGCAGCGACACACAUAUGAUCUCAUCAACACUUAUAAGCCAACCUAUGCUCUAUUUAGUCCAAUGGUUAUGACCACGUUGCUGACACCAGAAGGAGCAGAACAGUGCGAUUUCAGCUGUAUUGAGACCAUCAUGAUGGGAGGAGCGAAAGUGUCAGCGGAGCUCGUCGGAGAGGUUAAGUUUCAGAAAGUAACACCUAAAACAGAAGUGUUGAUCGGGUAUGGAAUAAGCGAGAUAACAACAAUAGUGUUCGUAGACGACGCGACGACUGACAGAAAUCCAACCCUUGGCACCGUUGGAAAACCCAUGGGGUGCUGGCAGUACAGAUUGAUAGAUGUCCAGACCCAAGAAGACAUAAGCGAAGCCUACAAAAAUGGAGAAUUAUGGUUGAAAGGUCCUGGAAUUGUUAAAGGCUACUAUAAAAACGCAGAGGCAACGGCAGAGGCGUUCACCAAAGAUGGUUGGUUCAAGACUGGCGAUUUGGUAUACAGGGAUGAAAACUACAACUUUUUCUAUGUAGAACGAAUUAAAAUGCUGCUGAAGUAUAUGAACCAUCAGAUCUCGCCACUAGAACUGGAGGCUACAAUACGUCAACACCCGGGGGUGUUGCAUGUGGCCGUGACCGGUAUACCGGACAAGCGCGGGGACUUACCGGUCGCUUGCGUGGUGCGGCGGCCAGGGCAUGACGUCAGUGCCGAGGAGAUCAAACAGCUGGUCAAAGAAAAGUUAUCGGACUCGAAACAGCUAAGGGGAGGCGUGCUAUUCUUGGACGCGAUUCCACAAACAGCAACCGCGAAGAUUCACCGAAGAAAACUCAAGGAGAUUGCCUUGAAAAUGAUAGCGGAUCGAGAAAUAACAAAUCAUUCUCUUUCGCAUUAG